AUGGAAUUUUGCCUUUCCGUCCCACACAUGCUGGAAACAUGGUUUGGAUAUAGAGGCAAUAACGAUAAGUUGGACGAGCCUCAUCCAAACCUUUGGAGUGCUUGGAAUUGGACCGAUGGGGCUACUGGGGAAUUAAGAGGCAUUGCCGCGAUAUACGCUUCCACAUGUCAUAUCAAAAGAAGAGCCCUUUGGGAUAACCUCUCUAGCAUUAAUUCUGUUAAUAUUCCUUGGAGUUUUGUCGGCGACUUCAAUGUUAUUCUUGGUGCUCACGAGCAUAGAGGUUCUUGCUUGCCGUAUAUGACCCCGAUUAAUGAAUUCAAAGAUUGGGUGGAUAACAAUAACCUUUUGGAGAUUCCUUCUAAAGGUAGUUUCUAUACUUGGUUUAAUGGUCGUGACGGUGGAGCUUCGGUUGAGAGAAAGCUUGACAGAGCAUUUGAUAACAAUAAUUGGUGCAAUGCUAGCGUAACCAUGGGUGUCGUGGUUCUCCCCAAGUAUCGGUCUGAUCACCACCCUCUCCUGGUGGAUUGUGAUUUCAACAGCAGCCAGCAUAAAGCUUCGUUUAGAUUCUUUGCUAUGUGGACCUUGAAUGAUUCUUGUAGUAAUUUGAUUUCGGACUAUUGGUCCAUUAAUCAUGUGGGCUACCCUAUGUGGAUUCUUGCCAAAAAACUACAGCAUCUCAAGAAGUCGCUCAAGCAUUGGAACUGGAAGGUCUUUGGUAAUGUGCAUAAAAAGUCUAGCUUCUUAAGAGUAAUUUGGACUCUAUCCAACAACAGAUUUGUCUUGGAGGGGGAUCAGCCCAUCACUGAUAAUAAUAGAAUGGCAGAUAUUGCUGUUAAUUUUUUCACUAAUCUUUUUGGCUCUGCAGGUUCCCUGCAUGAUCUCUCUUUGGUCGAGGAGGUUAUUCCCGCCCUGGUCACUCCUUCCAUGAACAGUAUUAUGACUAUUCUUCCUUCUCAUGAUGAGAUUCGUAAUGCGCACGGUUGGAUUAUUCCCAAUUAUAAUGUUAGCAAGAUUAUUCUCAUCCCGAAAUCGCCGGAGGCUCAUUCUAUGGAUAUAUACAGGCCGAUAGCGCUUUCUAAUUUCAAAUUCAAGAUCAUUACUAAGAUUAUUGCUGUCAGACUCUCUUCUAUUCUUCCCAUCCUCAUUUCUAAAGAGCAGCGUGGCUUCGUCCAUGGAAGGAACAUUCGUGAUUGCAUCUGUCUUGCCUCCGAAGCCGUUAAUGUGUUAGAUAACAAAAGUACUUUUGGUAAUAUUGCUCUGAAAGUGGACAUUUCGAAAGCUUUUGAUACCAUUAGUUGGGAGUUCAUUAUAAAGGUUCUUAAGUGUUUCAGUUUUUGUGAUACUUUUUGUUCUUGGAUUAAGACGCUUCUCUCGUUGGCUGCUGUUUCCAUCUGCUUCAAUGGUAAUCUUCAUUGUUUUUUCAACUGUGCAAGAGGUGUGCGCAGAGAUCCUCUUUCUCCGCUUCUCUUCUGCUUGGCGGAAGAGGUCCUGAGUAGAUGCAUUUAUAAAGCGGUGCGAAAUGGUGAUUUGGAGCUUAUAAAGGCUUCGAGGAAUAACUGGGUUCCCUCUCAUAUCACGUAUGCCGAUGAUAUUAUGUUGUUCUGUUCGGGAAGGUUUUCGAACGUCAAGACUUUAAAGGAUAUUUUCAGCUUCUAUGCUACAAUCUCUGGUCAAUGCAUAAACACUGCAAAAUCUUUUCUCUACUCUGGUGCUGUUUCUAACAGGAGAAUGGAUUGCAUUCUCGCGUCCACAGGUUUUCAGCUUGGUUCUGUCCCUUUCUCGUAUCUCGGAGUUCCACUAUUUAAAGGAAGGGUUAAGAAUUUUCACAUAGCUCCUAUUGUGGACCGUAUUCUGUCAAAGAUGGCAUCUUGGAAAUGA